GGACCCACAGCGCUCCGGACAGCCGGCGAACGUUGCCUCUGCUCUGUGAGAGCGAACUCUUGGCAGCCCACGGUGAACGCGGGAAACUCCCGCCCUCAGUUUAACGCAAGAAGACGCAGGACAUGGCUGCCUGCAGGGAGCACCAGCAGUGAAGCAGCCAGGUCGCCGGGUUGGCAACGGGCGACGGGCCUAGUGGUGCAGCGCCCCUUCCUGAAGUUCUGUGGAUCAAGGGUAAACAAUGGAUAUUAGAAUAGCGGGCAAGUAUAGGCUGGGUAGGAAGAUUGGCUCGGGUAGCUUUGGAGACAUCUACAUCGGCACCCACCUGCUGACAGGCGAGGAGGUUGGCAUCAAGCUGGAGUCCACCAAGACCAAACACCCGCAGCUGCUGUAUGAGUCCAAAAUCUACAAGAUCCUGCAGGGCGGAACCGGCAUCCCCAAUAUCCGAUGGUAUGGCGUGGAGGGCGACUACAAUGUGAUGGUCAUCGACCUGCUGGGACCCAGCCUGGAGGACCUGUUCAACUUCUGCAACCGCAAGUUCAGCCUCAAGACGGUGCUCAUGCUGGCGGAUCAAAUGCUGUCACGGAUUGAAUACCUGCACAGCAAGAGCUUCAUCCAUCGCGACAUCAAGCCAGACAACUACCUCAUGGGCCUGGGCCGCCGUGCCAAUCAGGUGUACAUGAUUGACUUUGGCCUGGCCAAGAAGUACCGCGACCCCAAGAGCCAUAUUCACAUCCCAUACAGGGAGAACAAGAACCUAACGGGGACCGCGCGCUAUGCCUCCAUCAACACACACCUGGGUAUCGAGCAGUCGCGGCGCGAUGAUUUGGAGUCGCUGGGCUAUGUCCUCAUGUACUUCCUGCGCGGCUCGCUGCCAUGGCAGGGCCUCAAGGCUGCCACCAAGAAGCAGAAGUACGAGAAGAUCAGCGAGAAGAAGAUGGCCACGCCCACCGAAUCGCUGUGCAAGGGCUUCCCCACCGAGUUCGUGGUGUUCUUCCAGUAUGUGCGCUCGCUGCGCUUUGACGACAAGCCGGACUAUGCCUACCUGCGCAAGCUCUUCCGCGACCUGUUUGUGCGCGAGGGGUUCACCUGGGACUAUGUGUUUGACUGGACCAUCCUCAAGUAUGCGCAGCAGCAGAACAGCCGGCCCAGCACGUCGCGCCCCGCGGACGGUGCGUACGUGGCGCCACAGCCACGGGCGCAGGAGGAUGCACGCGAUGCCGAGGCGGCGCUGCGCAGGCUGGGCCUGCAGUGAAAAUGGGCUGGGCCCGCAAUGAGGCGGGGUGGGCCUACCUGGCUGCGGGAGCAGCCGGCUCUGUUCAGCUAGCACCCCCCACACCCCACACCCCACACCCGCCGAUUCAUCCCAAGGAUGAUGGCGUUCAGCAGCAGCAGCACCCUGUUCUAGUUUUUUGCUGCUCAACCCACAACAGCAGCAACGGUCGAAGCAUUUGGAGCGCCCCUUCAGCCGCUUGCCGGUGCUGGGAGCAGCACCGCUGCAAUGAUGCAAGGGGAGGGCGACAAUGGGUGCUGCCAGAUGGUUUGAGGCACCAUCGCCAGAUGAUUUUCAGGCAGCAACAGCCUCUCUUUGGAUGCCCGCUCAAGCGGGAUGUAUUUCUGUGUUUGCCGCUGCCACGCAUCCAUGCUGUGGUCGGCACCACCCCCAUCUCUACCUGGCAGCCAGUUUCAACGUAUGUCGCACACAUCGAGCUCCUCUCGCAAUAUGUAAUUUUCCAGAGCGGGCUC